AAAGUAUACAUGUUGACAGCUGUCGUGUAUUCUCUAAGUGAAGUUUUACAGAUUGUAAUAACGUCAUGAGAGUUUGACAGUUUCCAAAAUAAGUAAUUAACAUUUGCUGUCACACAUUAGGCUUCAAAAAUGAUACAGCUGUAGACUUGUAUUGACUUUGUUGAAGGAAAUUUGUUUUAAAGCAUCUUGAAGUGCUAUUUAAUAUGGGAGAAUGGUUGAACGGGGGAUUAUUCUACUGUUGCUGCUUGUAUUGCCAGGAUGGCAAGAGGCCUUGGGAUCGGUAUCAGUAAGGACUGUUGAAGUGGAUAUUGGACAGAACUUGACGGUGGCCUGCACAGACGAAAAUGUAUCUCGUCAUCCAGGAAAUUAUUCUAACGUCAUGUGGGUUAGGGAAGGAAGAAAGGAUGGACAAGCUCAAAGAAUGAAAAUUGGACCAAACAAAGCUCUUGUGUUGGUAAAUGUUAGUCUAGAUGAUGCAGGCAAUUAUUUCUGUACUCUAGAUAACGAUGCUAAUGCUGUGAGAACUAGGAUUAAUAUUCAAGUAAAGACACCUCCACCAGCACUUCAGAAUGUCUGGGUUAAACCAUCUACGAUAUUGGCUAAUAUUUUGUGGGAAGUAGCAGGAACUGGUGGUUAUCCCAUCAUUGAUUUCACUGCCGAGUAUCGUCUCAAACCAGCACCGGGUGAGCAACCUGAAGACUGGAAGCCUAUAAUACCGACGCACAUUCCGCCAAAUUCUAGGCAAAUAGAUGUCUAUCACUUGGAGCCUAACACGACCUAUUUGUUUCGUGUCUGGGCAACAAAUAAACUCGGUCGUGGUGAGAUAGUUGAAGUAGAAGGUCAUACUCAUCACAUCGUUGAAGAAUUAGAACUGGCGAAACAUCUUUUAGCGGGAGUGGAAAAUUUUGAUACCCGAAUUUGGGUGGCAGCAGUAGGAAUUGUUAUGGGAACACUAAUGGUCCUUGGUUUAGGUACAUGUUACCUGCUCUAUCGUGAGUGCAAGGCACCCUCCCAGUUGGAGGAACAGGAGGUGAUUGAACUUGUUCCAAAUAUUAUUCUCAAUCCAGGAUUCUUUGACGAGAGGACUGAGCGCAUGCAUCAGGACGAGAACUUCAAUAACCAAACGACCACACGACUGAAUAACAACAGCGUCGUAUUACCCAGACGACUAUAGCGUUCAUUUAUUUAAAAAUAUUUUUUUAUUUUUGCUACUGGUUUUAUAGUUGACUGUUCACCCAUUUUUUAAAUUUGUCUCUCUGUUGUUGUUUAUAACAAAGACUUAACCCCUUCAGUCCACCUAUUUUUAUUACGUAAUUGCAAAAAUACUCCAGUUUUUUUGACAUAUUUUUUUUUAACAAGUAGCAGAAGAGUACAAGUAUGAUCCUUAUUAACAUAAAGUAAAAAGUGUGCAUAAAUAGCAAUCAUAAUUUUAAAAAUACUUUUGCACAUUUUAUAGUUGCCUCUGUCAAGGUAAUUUAAAAUUAUUGUUAUGUAUAGAACGUAACAAUUCAUUCAUAUCAAUUAUGUUAAACCGUACUCCAUUGAUAGAAAUAAUAACUGAAAUAUUAUACUACAAAUAUCUCGUAACUACGAUUAUCAUCGAGAUGAAAAAAAAGUUUGUUAUUUCAUCAGAGUAAUAUCACAGGUGUUUAUUUUAUUUAUUAAUCAUUAUAUUCUAUAUUUUUUUAAUAAUUAGAAAAUAUCAUAUCAUUCCAAGAUAUAAAGUGAUAAAUAAUUAUAAAUUAUUCAGUUUUAUAGUUGAUAGUAUAUUUUUUACAAUAAUUAUAAACUGCACAUGAGGAUUGAAAGGGUUAAAUGAAUAAAUAAAAGUAAUUUAACAAAACCAGUAGCAUUUGAAAUGCAAAAACUCUUCUGUUACAAUGCAAAAAAGUGUUCAAACAAUGUGAGACUUUUAAAUUAUCGGAAUAUCGUCUUACAUGCCAAGAGAUUUUUUUAAAAUUGAUCUGAAGUGUUUUACGACCGUUUGUUAUUGCUUGUCGACUGGAUUUUUACUGUAAAAAACUUCCACGAGCAGAAGAGAGACUGGAGGUAUGAUUUUUAAUAAAAUUAGUACGGCAUUUUUUAAAGACUGUUACGUAUAUUGAUGGUUUCUAAUAAUUAAGAAAAAAUAUAAAUUUUUAACAUUCAUUUUUUGGUAAUUAUUUAGAAUUGGGGCUCCAGUCAAAAAUCGCUCCAAAAAAUUUUUCACCACCUGGAAACUAUUUUGUUAGGUAGAAUUAGAUAAUUAAAGGUGGGGGAGACAUGUUUCAUGAGGUUUCAUCGAGAAAAACACGAUUUUUAGGUGUAGGUAUAGCUUAAGUUCGAAUAAUAAAGUGACGAAGAGGAUGGAAGG